AUGGCACUACAUCGGAAACCGCAUCAAGGACCUGAAACGGUUAGCGGCGACGUGACGAUAUCCGAAGAGGAGUUUGAUAGUAUAUCGAAGAGGAACGUCGAGAAAUGGAUCUCGGCUCAUAUCAUACCAGAAUCGCCUAUUACGCUGGAAUCGAAGACUUAUCCUACACUUCUGCACCGAAAGACCGUGUCGUUCACAGCUCUUCCGAAAUCGGACCCGAAAGCAGCUGAGUGGACUCGGGUACUCGUAAACGGCGACGUUCAUAUCAUCGGGAUGAAAGAGUUAUCAUUGCCCAAUCUUUGGCGAAAGCAAAGUCGACAAGAUGACGCCUCCAGCAUCGCCGCAAGCUCGAUCGAUAAUGAGUACGAGACAGCGCAGGCCGAGGGCAUGGACUUCGAGCUUGUACGACCCAGCUUCAGCCACCUUCAUUCCGCAAGAACCAGCGAAGAUUCGUCUUUCGUGAAGGACGGAGGGUCCAUCGAUCUAGGCAAGCCAGAACUGACUAUUGGUGGACUCUUGCGAACGGGUAGUCCUGCGAUGUCUUUCUCGAAGAAUAAGAAGGUGAAGAAGCUUCUAGUAGAGGGUGUCCCGUCCUCCGUGAGGUAUCUGGUGCGGAUCCAUCUGACGGACGGGAAGGCAAAGAAUGUGCCGAAGGUAUAUGAGCAGUUGGUGAAGAGGGGGCAUGUACCGAGCUACAAGGAGAUCGAAAGGGACGUGCAAGCGUAUAUUCGAGAGAACUCCCAACCCCCCACGAUGAGGGAGUCCAUGAUGUCGUUACUCGAAGCGUACUUGACCAUGGUUCCAGAUGUGCAAUAUAGUCGAGGUCUAACCUUGAUUGUCGGGAAUAUCCCGUUGUUGGCACCUGAGGAAGACAGAUUUUGGACUUCACAGAUGGAGGUUGACGCCAUGCUGUUCAGCCGGGCACUUGAGGCGAAUGAUCCUCAGGUGGCCAAGAAAGUAUUCACGACAAUGUCCCUUAAUCCGACCGCUAUCUGCUUCCCUUGGUUUACGGGAUACCUGUAUAUCGUAUUCGGGUAA